UCACGUCUUUGCAUCUGUACGUCAUUUGUCUCAAAAGUUGGUGAGACGCUUCGUGGAGCUCAAGGCAGCAACAUAACCUGUCGCAUUAUUUCUGCUACUUCGUUUAAAUUUACAAUAUUUAUGCUCCAUCGCCUUCAUACCGUUAAUCCGCUGCAUUGGUUUAAUCUAGAUUAUUUCACAGUCAGGUUUGCGUCAGUAGAGGCUGCGGUGCGUUCGCUGUGGUUUAGUAUUUUAAAGCCAGCUGUCAGCCUUUCCUCUCCGCUAUGCCGUCAGCCGAAGCUCAACCACGAGAAUGACGCCGCAGGAGAAUAAACACGCGCUGAACGUGGAUGUGACGUAAGGCGCGGGAAUCAGCUGUGACAUCAUGGACGGCAGAAGAAGACUGUUUGCCUCCGGCGACAGCGCCUUUCUGCGAGCAGACGACGGCCCGGCUUCACUGUGGCACAGCACUCCAGUUAAAGAGAAGGGUGGUGGUUCUCCACUUGAUGGCAAACAGCCAUGUGGUCCAAGCAGAGGUUCGCCAGCACAGUGGGUCCAGAGUUCUGCUGGAGUCCCAACAGAUUCCUGCUGUGGUCACAAUGUGCAAAGUGCUGAGCUUCCUGUGAAAGACCUGAGUAGCUCCACCAUCCAGAGGCAGAGGAGGGAGCUCCAGCUCCUGAUGGCCGAGCUGAAGGACAGAGAGCGAGAGCUGAACGCCAUGUCGGCUUCCCAUCAGAGACAGCACCAGGCCUGGGAACAAGACCGCCAGACUGUGCUGGUGCUGGAGCAGAGGUGCUCUCGUUUGGACGAUGAGUUGCAGAGGUGCAACGAUGUGAUGGGUGUCCUGACUAAACACGUGUGGGUUGUGGAAAGCAGAGAGAAAGAGGCGCAGACGGAGCUUGGUGAUGCUAAGCAGCUGCUGUGUGAGCUGGAAAAGAAACAGCAGCAAGUCAGCCAAAAGUGUCAGGACUACGAGGCAAAGAACCAGAGCCUCAGCUCCGCUGUCAUGGCUCUGUCCACACAAGUUGGUUCUCUGCAGGUCCGAGAGGAAGAACUGAGUUCAAUGCUCAAGCUAAAAGACAAAGACGUGAUCGAAGCCUCCGGUCGUAACCUGGAGCUGUCGGCGAGGCUUCAGGACCUGGAGACGUCGCUGGCAGAGAGUCGCUCUCAGGAGAACAAGCUGCUGAGAGACUUGGAGGAAAUGAAGCGCCGUUACAGAGAAGCUAAGCACGAGGUCUCCCAGCUCAGAGCGGAGCUGCAGCAGCAGGUGAGUCAGAGCAGCAGGCAGAGAGAGGAGAUCAUCCGUCUGAAGCAGGAGCUCCAGCUGCUCCACACCGACCUGGCCCUGACUGGUACGUCACAUGACCAGCUUCUUUCUCUAUUACCGAUGUCUCGCUCCAAGCAGGAGCGCAUCAUGUCGGAGCUGCUCUGCCUGCAGCAGGUGUGUGAGAACCAGAGGAGUGACCUGCAGCUGCUGCGGCUGAACCAAGAAAGCACACAGAGAGCUCAGAGGGAAACACACCAUCAGCGAUUACCCAGCAGCCAGGACGAAUCGGCCUGUGACUGUGCGGACGUUCGGUCCCUGCAGAACCUGAGACCUGAUCUUGAAACCUCACCAGCAGCUGCUGGCGUUCACGACUCCAACAGAAAACCUGGAGGCUUUCCAGCAAACAUGACGGAUGUUGCCGAUCAGCUGUCAGCAUGUUCUCUACAGCAGGCGUUGGGCAACUCCAGGUUGCUUCCAGGAACUCCCGAAAGCAGCAGCAGCUUAAGACGUCACGUCUCCACAGGUUGUAAACCCAACUGUGGGACCGCUCAGCCACACACAGCCCACCACCACCCGAACACCACGAUACCCGCGCCGAGUGACGCUCCACCCAAAGCCUGCCUCCAUCACAAUGUCAGCCAGCGAGACGGAGGGGUUUGACCAAAGAGUGGAUUUCCUCUAUAAAUCAUGAACGUUCAACUUCUCCAAUCAGAGCAGCGAAUAACGGCGUUGUUGUGUCUGAGAAGAAGAGACCUUUGCUUUUACCUCAGGAAAAAAAAAUUAUAAUAAAAUGACUUCAGUGUUUUUUUAUCUUAUAUUUUCAAUAUUUUGUACAAUUUUAUAAUCUAUUGUAAAUCUGAUUUACUGAGUAUUUCUUUUAACCAUGAGUGGUUUUUACACAAAGUGUUGUGUGAAGUGGGGGUGACGUGAAACCGGUCCUGCAGGGCUGGUGAGUCCUGUGCGGUCUGUCCAGUUCCACUGCCUUCACAUGGUGACUCACAGGAAAUACCUAAAGCUCUGUCUUGCUUUUACGUCUUGUUGCCUGGAUGAUCUCACACUACUUUUAAAAAAAAAAUAAAUAAAGAUUUAUCUUUUA